GUGUACGACGCAGGGGAGAAGGUUUGGACAACUAAAGGAGAAGAGAAAGAGGCGGCCAUGAAGGAAUUCCUCGACGCCUUGAAGCUGUUGGAGACAGAGCUUGGAGAUAAGCCCUACUUCGGGGGAGACAGCUUCGGGUUUCUGGACAUUGCGCUCGUGGGAUUCUACCCCUGGUUCUACGCGCAAGAGACAUUCGGCAACUUCAGCGUUGAGGCAGAAUGCCCCAAGCUCAUCGAAUGGGCCAAGCGGUGCAAGGAGAAGGAGAGUGUCUCCAAGUCUCUUGCUGAUGAGAAGAAG